AUGGUCAAACCGUCGCUCACUGGAGUGGUUAUUUCGCAAGGAAAAAUGGCCAAGACGGUCAAGGUUCGCAUUCAAAAGCUGCGUUGGAACAGUGUGGUUUCCAAGUACGUGGUGGAUCACAAAAACAUGCUGGUGCACGACGAGCUAGACAAGUGUCGCGAGGGUGACGUCGUUAGAGUGCAGUAUGUGCGCCCGCUCUCCGCACGCAAGUCCUGGGCAGUUGCUGAAAUCAUGAAGCUGAAGGGUACCUCUUGGCAAAAGUACCAGGAGGUCAUCCCUGAGCAAGUUCGCGAGGACGAGCUGCAAAAGCUCAAGCAGUUCCGGGACGCCAGGCUGCAGAGAGAGAAGCUCGACGGCCAGGAUCCCGUUGUUGCUGAGCUCCGGCUGCUGGAGCAGUCGCUUAACGGUGCCGAGUCUGGCCUGAGCGCAGAAAAGGUCCAGGAGCUCAAGGCAAAGUACAAUCUGGAAGCAUGGCCGCCCGCCCACGAGGUCGUCCGCCUCGACCUGGCCGAGCUUGAAGAACAAACUGAGACCCUGCACAGUGAGAUCCAAGGAACUCAAAAGUACACUGACGAAGCCCGCAGGCUGCUGGCAGAGUCGCCGGCCGAGGCAGACGAGAUCAUCAAGUCUCUCGGCAAGGACCCUUCGGUGCUCAAAGCCGGCAUCAAGCGUAAUAUCAUCGCAAAGCAUUUGCGUAAAUCAGCGUAA